CUUUCGCUCGCGUCCCGCCCAGUCGCCGCCGGCGCCCCGCCCCGCCUGCCGAGCCCGGGCUAGCCGUCCGGCGCCCCUCAGCUCGGGAGCGCUGGCUCCGCCGGCGGAGAAAUGGACCAAUUUUGACAAGAUGUAGUACUGCAGCGUGCCUGAUGGAAUAUGUUCAGCCAUGGCAUCCGAACUUUGUAAGACGAUCUCUGUGGCAAGGCUGGAAAAGCACAAGAAUUUGUUCUUAAAUUACAGGAAUCUGCAGCAUUUCCCGUUGGAGUUACUGAAAGAUGAGGGACUACAGUACUUGGAGAGACUCUACAUGAAAAGGAACUCCCUUACAACCUUGCCAGAAAACCUUGCUCAGAAGCUUCCAAACCUUGUGGAACUGUAUCUUCACUCAAAUAACAUAGUUGUGGUUCCGGAAGCCAUUGGGUCCCUUGUAAAACUACAAUGUUUGGAUCUUAGUGACAAUGCCUUAGAAAUCGUUUGCCCAGAAAUUGGUCGUCUGAGAGCUUUACGUCAUCUUCGAUUAGCUAAUAACCAACUGCAAUUCCUACCUCCAGAGGUUGGCGAUUUGAAGGAGCUGCAGACACUAGACAUUUCUACCAAUCGUUUGCUAACUUUACCCGAGAGGCUUCACCUGUGCCUUUCUCUGCAGUACCUCACUGUGGACCGAAAUCGUCUAUGGUGUGUGCCGCGCCACCUCUGCCAGCUGCCCAGCCUCAAUGAGCUCUCCAUGGCUGGAAACCGUCUUGCAUUUUUGCCACUUGAUUUAGGUCGAUCUCGAGAACUUCAAUACGUGUACGUGGAUAACAACAUUCAUCUGAAAGGCUUGCCAUCCUUUCUGUACAACAAAGUCAUCGGGUGCAGUGGCUGUGGUGCUCCCAUUCAAGUUUCUGAGGUGAAGCUGCUUUCCUUUUCAUCAGGGCAACUAACCGUUUUCCUCCCUGCUGAGGUGAAGGCCAUAGGGACAGAGAAGGAUCACGUCCUGCCUCUGCAGGAGCUGGCCAUGAGGACUCUGCAUCACACCUACCACACUUCUCUAAAAGAUCUGGACGUCCUGUCUCCAGUCUCGUUGCCCAGAAGCCUCCUGGAGCUGCUGCACUGCCCCCUGGGACACUGUCACCGGUGCAGCGAGCCCAUGUUUACGAUCGUCUACCCCAAGCUCUUUCCCUUGAGAGAGACGCCAAUGGCAGGGCUGCACCAGGGGAGGACAACUGUGAGUUUUGUGGCUUACUGCUGCUCCACCCAGUGUCUGCAGACUUUUGACCUACUGAGUUGAUAAACACUCAGGAGCCUCAGGAGCGUUGCCAGCUUGACACUGCAGUUGCCCGCAUACCGCACACUGCGCGGCAGAGGGGUGGAGAGUCCAGCCAGGCCCAGCAGCCCUUGCGUCCUGCCACACUCGGAGACUGCAGGACUCUGAACAUCACGAUCAAGCGUCAGAACUGCAAUGCCUUCACCCUUCCCCCAAGUUGGAAUAUAGCCUCCCCCGACUUAA